UCCCCGGGGCCGCCUCACGGCCUCUCGCUGCUGUUUACUGAGCUCUUGUCCUGAUAUCACUCCGCUGGCAUGGAGGAGGAGGAGGAAGCAGUGAGAGAAGGAGGAGGAGAGUACUUGAUCAUUGUGAUGGUGGCAGGAGGAGCAAAGUAACAGAAGCAGCAACAUUAGCAGGCUCUGCUCUCUCUGCUCCCUCCAGCAGCCUCCACUGCUCUACUUUUUGCAACUGCUCUGGCUAUUCAGUUGAGUGGCUCUCCCCCUACCAAGCUCUCCCCCUACCAAGCUCUCCCCCUCCUCCUCCUCACUCAGGAUUUAUGUAGAAAGAGAUACUUUCAUUUUUAUUGGUUCUUCUGCAUACUGUUUUAUUUUUUUUAUAACUCUACCCUGUUUUAAAAAUGCAAGAGAGCCACAAAAAGUACUUUGGACGCUUUGCUGCCCACACAAGUAAACUUUUUUUCCUUGCUCUGUGGAAGGGGGAAUCCAGUGGGAAAGCGGCAGUCAGUGUGCUAGUGGCAGUCAGAGUGCCAGUGCUGUGAGUGAGUGAGGGGGAGUGUGUGUGACACAGAGACAGCGUGUGGUGCUGCUGUAUGAAUAUAUGUGUGUUGUACUUAUGGAGCACAAGUGUGUGAAAGUGACAAGAAUGUGUGGCCAUUAAUUGACUGGACCUUCUGCUCCUUUCUGGGGAUUUAUGAGACACAUUGGAUUAUAGAGACAGAAGACGAGAAGAGAUCUCCUGAUAUACCAGCCCUCCUUCUCUAGUGCAAUAUCUGGCUUUUUCUUUUCUUUUUUUUCUUUUUUCCCCAUAAGAAUGGGCGACCCCCGCUCUCCUCCCUGGGGGCUGUGUUUGAGCUAAGGUGAUGCACUGCCCCGGUGCCCGGCUACAAAUACAUGAUCCAUGCUCUUACAACUGGCUGCCAGCAAGCCUGGCCGACCCACUGACACCUAGAACAGGCACGCAGCACAACUUACUGCCUACUGACCGGUGCCGCCAAUAACUUACCUGGAGGAAAAUAAAAACCCCAGCCACAGAGUAACGUGGGCACAGAGACACUGGUGCUGGGGAAAAGCAGUUUCUGAGGGACGGCAAACUUAUUUCCAAAAUAGUGUGCACGGGGACCGGCAUGGGGGAUUUUGCAGCCCCCGCUACCUCUAAUGGUAGCAGCCUGUGUAUCAGCACUGCCCUGGGCAGCGGCACAGCCGGUACCAUCGGCGGGGUUGGAAGUCACAGUAAUAAUAACCCCCCUCCCAGCACUAUUGGCCCCAACGCAGCGAACAAUGGGAGCAACGCGAGCAUUCCUAAGCACAGCACUGUGGUAGAGAGGCUCCGGCAAAGGAUAGAGGGCUGCAGGAGGCACCAUGUCAGCUGUGAGAGCAGGUACCAACAAGCCCAGGCCGAGCAACUGGACAUGGAGAGAAGGGACACGGUGAAUCUUUACCACAGGAGCCUGGAGCAAAGAAGCAAGAAGUCAAACGGCGGCAGCCAAGGAGGUGCGUCUGCAGGAGCAGCUGCAGGGUCUGCCUCUGGAGGAGCUGGUGGCAACAAGCAUCACCACCACCAACAGCAGCAACACCAACAGCAGCAGCAGCACCAACAGCAGCAGCAGCAAGAUGCAGAGACAGUGGGCAGCAACACUAGCACAGCUGAGCAGCGCAAUCACACUCUGAUCAUGCUGCAAGAAGCUGUCCAAAGGAAGCUUGAUGGUGCACGAUCACCCCAAAAUGGAGAACAGCAAAAUGGGGUUUGUGAUGGGAGAUUCUCUCCAUCUGCUAAACGUCGAAGGAAGGAGUUGCCUGGAAUGGACACACUUAAUACUCUUUCCAACAUGCCACUACCUUCAGUCUCUCCUCUUCACCAGCUCGAUAUCAAGCCUCAUGUACAGAACAGCGGGAUUCAUUCUGUUGGCUUGGAUGAUAUAAGUAAGAAUGGUGGGCAACAAGAUAUAAAACUUGCAUUGAAUGGUUCCAAUGAUCUGGAGGAAAGUCUCAAUAUACUCCAAGACAAAGACAUGAAGCAAGAACCUCUAGAUGAUGUUUCUGUAAUAGACACCUCAGAAACAUGUCUUUCUAACCAAAACAAACUUUUCUCUGACAUCAACUUAAAUGACCAGGAAUGGCAAGAGUUGAUAGAUGAGCUUGCAAACACGGUUCCAGAAGACGAUAUACAAGACUUGUUCAAUGAAGACUUUGAGGAGAAAAAGGAACUUGAUUUUCCCAGGCCUUCUGCCCAAACCCCACUUCCACAAGAAAGUGCCAGUGUAAAGAGUGAUCCAUCUCACUCUCCCUUUCCCAGUGUUCCAAUAGGCUCUCCUCAGGUGAGGCCAUCUUCAUCUGGUCCUUCUUUUUCUAAUGUGUCUUCUGUAUCUAGCAUACCUUCUGUUUCUAGUGCCCCAUCCACCUUAAUGCUUGCUGGCUCACCAGCAAGUUGUGUUGUUCAAUCUCCACAAACCCCUACACAACCCCAUACUCCUGGUCAGCCAUCAACAAGACCUGGGAAUGGUUAUGCUAUGAACCCCUCUUCUAAUUCAGGGAGCGGGUCUGUAAACCUUCCAAGUGCUGAUUUAUCUCCAGCUGAACAACUAAAACAAAUGGCAGCACAACAGCAGCAGAGAGCAAAACUGAUACAACAAAAACAGCACACAAACCAGCCUUCCAACUGGUCACCUGUUGGGCCUCCAUCUAGUCCAUAUGGAGGGGCAUAUGGAACAGAAAAACCAAACAGCCCUAUGAUGUACCCCCAAGUGUUUAACAAUCAAACUCCAGUUGUUUCUCCAAUGACGAACAAUCCUCCGAAAACCACCAUGAACAACUACCUCCCUCAAAGCCACAUGAACAUGGCAAACCAGCAGACAAACAAUCUGGGUACAAAUUCAAUUAGCAAGCCUUCUAAUAUGCUUAGUUAUGGUAAUACAAAACCACUGUCACAUUUUUGUUCUGAGAUGAGUCAAAGGAUGACUCCCCCUCUAGCCGGCCAAAACAAGAACUCCCUGAUACCAUACAUGCAACAUCAGCCGCCAAUUCCACAACAGAUAAGCCAUUUAAGUGAGGAGCAGAAACGUUUGCUUAUUAUGAAGCAGAAGGGGCUCAUGAACCAAUCAAUGGGAUAUCCUUCUCUUUCAGCACAUGCACAGGAACAGAAUGCAAUUGGGAUAUCAAGGCCGUCGGGUCCCAUGCAGCAGUCUGGUGCCACCCCUGGGGGUCCAGGAUUCAUGCCCAACCAGCCACAAGCUGCCAUGAUGAAGCAGAUGCUUAUAGAGCAAAGAGCCCAGCUCAUGGAGCAACAGAAGCAGCAGUUUCUCAGGGAGCAGAGACAGCAGCAACAGCAAAUACUGGCUGAGCAGCAGCAGAUGCAGCAGCCUCACAUGAACAGACAGCACCUCCAGCAGCAGCAGCAGCGCAAUCCAUACACAGUGCAGCAAGUCAAUCAGUUCCCAGGUGAUAUAGCAAGAAACCAAGCAGCUCUUCAGAAUAUGCGAACAUCACGGAUGAUGGCCCAAAGUACAGGAAUGCUACCCAUGGGCCCAUCCCAAAACCCAGGAGCUGCUUCAUCUCUACAACCUGAGAUGGGCAUGGCACCCUACAGCAACACAUCAAAUAACCAACCAGCAAUGUACAACAUGAAUACGGGGGUAAACCAAAUGAUGCAGCACCCAAACCAAAACAGCAUAAAUAUGGGUCACAGUGCAAUGCAAGGUCCAAGACAGCCUUCUUCUGGACAGCCAUUGGGGCUUGUGGGGGGUUUUGGACAAAACAUGCUUGUUAAUCCUGUUAUGUCUCAGCAACAUCAGCAAAUGAAAGGACCUGUAGGCCAACCCAUGAACAGGAGCCAGGCACCAAGACUUCAAAACAUGAUGACAUCUCUACCACAAGGAGCACAAGGAUGGGCACAACGUGGGCUACAAGGGAUGUCUGUAAGAACUAGUGGAGACAUUGGGGCAUAUAACAAUGGAUCUAUAUAUCCGAUGCAGUCUGGCCAGCCAAGGAUGCCCAAACAACAUUUCCAACAAGGGCACACUCAGAGUGUUGUAGACAGUUCUGGAACUGUAAGGGCUCUAAAUCCAGCAUUAGGGAGGCAAAUGAUGCAAUCAUUACCUGGACAACAACUAAACAACCAGCCCAGGCAAAUCAUGUCUGGAAUGAACUCUGUGGUUCCCAGUAUGACAAGUUUUAACCCAUCACCAUCACAGCAAAUGCCAGGAGGUGGCUUUUCUCAAAACAACCAGGGACAAGUCUAUGACAGGAACCCCAGUCAGGAUAUUGGGUACAGUUACACAGAUGUUGGUGCUGGUUCCUUUCCAGGGAUUGCAGAUGGUGUGGACCUUGUGGACUCUAUUAUGAACAGAGCUCCAGGAGACGAGUGGAUGCAAGAACUUGAUGAAUUAUUUGGGAAUCCAUAAUAGGUGUACUUGGACAAUAUUUUAAAAUAUAGAUAUAUAUAUAUACACCGUGCUAAACAAAAAAGAUGGGUCCCCAUCUGUGUUUGCUCUGUAGAGCUGAGCCAAACAGUAGGCAGUCCCAGGUCACCUGGUAAUGAAUGGCAGCGCCAUGUUCUAUGGGAGAGAAGCUACAAAUAGAAAAUAAUUUGUAUCUGUAGUCAGUAGCCUAAGAUGGUAUAUGUACAAGUGGGAAGAAGAGAGGCAGACAUGAGUAGAAAAUGAGGCUCCCAGACAUCCAAAGGAGUAGGGUGAUUUUAAGGGAAAAGCUUAUAGGUAAUAGGAAUCCUUGUCAGCAUUAUGAUUAGAAGAGAAGGCAGGAACCAGCUGAUAUCUGUGUACUCAGAGCCUGUAAGGAAAGGAUGGAAGGCCUCCAACGAGGGAGACUUCUCAAAGUUAGUACAGCCAUUCUUGUCAGAGAACACUAAAGGAAAUUCCCUUCAUUCAAGGCAGAUAUUGUUAUUAUUAGCAGCACCAACAUAGCACCUCAACUGAUCAUUUCUUAAAAAAAAAAAUCAAGUUCAAAUGUACUCAUGUUUCCCUAAUAUUUGCAGGCACACAAAGGAGGCAAGUUCUUCCAGAUCAUGAUUUUGCUUAGACACAGCUGGAUUCUGUGCUACAAAUUAGGCAAUGGCACCCAUUUCCCUCAAAUACUGUCUAGAGAAGCCACUAAAAUGCUCAUCCCACAUCCUAACUUUCUUUUUGCAAUAUCCCUUUCAUUUCAACCUCCAGUAGAUAUUGUUUGUAGAUACAACUAUCAAGGGCGUCUGUAGAAAAAAAUACAAAAAGGGAAAAAAAAAACCACACGGGUAAUUUCCAUAGAAUGUACUUGUCCAAUGCUGUCGGUUACUGUAUCUUUUAUUAAAUGUAAUGUCUCUUUCUCUGCCCCAACCAAAUAUAGGCAGGAUUCAGUGCCAAAACCGCUGGCAUCAUAUUCUGGGUUUUAUAUGUGUGAUUUCUAACAAAAAGAAAGGAAAAAAAACAUAAUUUGUGACUGGGAUUGAAUUUACCUGUUUCCGAUUUUUUUUAUGUAAUUAGAAUUUGUGAUGCAUUAACAAAGCACUGUAUUCUGGACUUCAUAAUGUUUAAUAUAUUUAUUUCUUAGUUA